UUUGAUUGGUACAAAACACAAUUUGGAACCAACUUAUAGGUUGGCAGGAAUCCCCAUAUCCUCUCUCUCUCUCUCUCUCUCUCUCUCUCUCUCUCUCAGUUUUCUAAUCUCCUUAUCCUUCUCUCAUUCAACCAUCAACGGAGGAGAGAGAGGAUUUUGAUCAGUUAUCACCCCUCAUCUUGGAGUCAUGGAAAACCAACACCAUCAAAGGAAUAGAGACAAACUUGAUCAAGACCAGCACCAAAGCACUGAAUGCAAAUCACCACCACCGCCACAACAGCCCUCCUCCGCCGCCUCACCACCCUCCGCCUCCUCCUCCCCCGCACACGAAUUCUCCUUCACAAUCUCCCUCCACCACCACCACCAACCGCUCUCCUCUGCGGCGAAACCCCCGCCGCCUUCGAUCGCUGUCGACUUAUCCCCCGCGGACGAAAUCUUCUUCCACGGUCACCUCCUCCCUCUCCACCUCCUCUCCCACCUCCCCCACCCCUCCUCUUCCCCUCGCUCCUCUGCCAACUCUCUUGACAGUUUUACCCUCCCUAUCGACGAAAAUCCCCAUAUUCCCACCUCCACCGCCACCAACCCGGACCCAAUCAACGAAAAAAAAGGACCCAAACAGAAACCCAAACCUAAAUCCAAGUCAUUCUCCCUCUUCGGUAUUCCAAUCCGGCGAAAAGCGGAUUUUACCGAAGGGAGAGAAACAGAGGAGGAGAGGGAAAAACAGAGGAAGAAGCUGAAGUUUGACUUGAGUCAUGUACUGAAGAGGUACAUGAAAAUGGUGAGGCCUCUGUUCAAUAGGAGGAGAGAGAGUGACGUGCAGUUGAGGAGACAACCAUAUUCGUUUUCUGGGUAUUUGAGUCCUAGGGAUUACUAUGGGGAGGAGCAGGUGAGGGGGAGGAGGUGGGGGGAGUUUUCGGCUCCGGCUUCAAUGAAAACCUCUCCGUACAACAGCGGGCCUUUGGUCGGGAAUGGGGUGGUCUCGACGAGUGAUAGCACGAUGGAGGAGCUGCAGGCGGCGAUUCAGGCGGCAAUUGCUCAUUGCAAGAAUUCGAUUGCUAUGGAAGACAAGAUCAACAAAUGUUAGUAGUAAAACCUGAGGAGUUGGCUCGGUGGUCUUCGCCUUGUAGUAUUUAGGAGCUUGGAGCUUGUUUCUUUCAACAGUCUCGGUCUCAGGUUAUAUUUUCAUUAUCAGUAAUUAGUGGGGCCACCUCAUUCCACGCGGAAACGUGUGAAACACAUGUGGAAGAGGCUGAAAAGAUUUGUUCGAGACACGUGCAACUUGACCCGCCGAUCGAGACAUUACCUAUGAAAAAUGGUAGUAGUAAUUUCAUAGUAUUAAGUAGUUUCUGGUUUUGUAUUGUGGUAUUAUGGGUGAAUAGAAAUAGGAUAAUUAGUGAACUGUAUAGUUGCAUCAUGAAUGGUGGGGGAUAUUAAUUUAUAUGUUAUUGGAAUUUGGUGACUUUUUGAAA